AUGUCAUCUGUUACUAGUGUUCGCAUACCCCAGGGCACCGAGUUGGUUUCCGCUCGGCUUCAAAAUCGUGACCUGCCCCAAAUACUUGGAUUCCUAGGCUUCUUAACAAUUAUCCUGACAGCCCUUGUGUUUGGUUUGACAAUUCUGUCGGUUGACUAUACCUGCUUCCAUGUUGCUGCCACUCUGGCUGCAGUCGAAAAUUCCAACCCGACUACCGAAGUGUGUCUCAAUAGGGAAGACUCUAACGAUUUUUUCGAGACUGAUGAUACGGAUGCCAAUACCACAUUAAGAUCUAAGCCUAUCACUAACGGGUUGGCCUCGACCAUUAAGCACCUACGUGCCCGGGGUGGCAUCUGGUCGUGUUUCCGUGGAUUCCGUAUGUAUCUAGCCUUCUCAGGGUUCGAUAUGGGCGUCGGUCUUUUCAUUCUAUUUAUCAUUCCUAUUCCGACUCCUACCUACUCUUUACUCGGAGGAACUUUUAGAGGGUUCGUCGCUAGCAUGUCCUUAGCCACCUGGCAGAUGGCUUGGGUACAUCUUGUCAUAGCCGACAAAUCACCUAGGAGCAGUUUCCGGCGAAUGCUUGGUCUUCGAAAUUGGCCCAAGAUUGCGCCUGCGGCGGCUUUAUACAAUUUCUUCAUUCCACGACUCGAAGGGGAUUUCCGCUCUCUAGCCCCUAUCAUAUGUAUGAUAAUACUCACCCUAUUGAUUUCAAACCCCGCUAAGGCAAUAUUCAUCCGAGUGGCUGCCUCUAUGCUGCCCGAGGAGGACGACCCGAUGGUACCCUUCGACCGCCGGUUUGGAGGCAAGGCGAAGCCCGACACGAUAGGUGGCAGCGGCACGCUCGGUCUUAAGGAUGCCUGGACAACCUUUGAAUGGCAUUCUCGCAUUCGCUACGCUAAGAUCGUUCUUAAAGCGAGUGCAAUCGAGCUUGCACUUGUCAUUGUUGGGCUCCUUCUGAUAAUCGGCGAGAUGAUGUUGGUGAUUCCUAGGAGCAAAUAUUCUUCCCAUUCCUAG